CCACAUUACACGCAACGUUGGGCGGGCACACCACAUCACAUCCACACCUACCUACGAACCUUUUCCUGCCCUCACCCGCCGCCCGAACCCAGGUUGAACCUUGGCUUUGGCAUCGGUGAUUCUGGACAUGUCAUCAACAUCCUUCCGUCUUCCGUCCGUCGGAUAUGCACAGCACAUCAGAAGCGGGUAUUCGUGCACCUUUACCUUUUUUUCAUUUUCUUUUCUUCUUCGUUUCUUUUUUCUCAUCGUAUCCUACUCACUCUUCCUGUGGUCAUUUCAUUCAUGGAGGCCGGGGUUUUUAUUUGCCUUUCAUGGUUUGGUUUGGUUUUCUGUGUGCGUUGGCGUUUUGCUUUCCGUUAUUUUUUUGGUAUCAGUGUAGGGGGUUGCAUAUGGAUGGAUGGAUGGCCGCGGACUGGUCCUUUUGUUUUACGGUUACCUGAUGGUGAUGGCAUGCGCAUGGGCGUUGACGGUGGUGGUAUGGGGAUGGUUUCGUACAUGAUAGUAGUUUGAGUGGAAUUGAAUCGUAAUGUUGUGCUGUAUUGUGUUGUGUU